AUGCCGACAAUCACCCUUUGGUACAUUCAAGCUUCCCGUAGCAACCGCAUAGCAUGGCUGCGCAAGGAGCUAUGCCUCAACUAUUGCUUUAGGAAGAAGCAAGCGAUGAAGGCUCCGAAAACAUUCAAAGGUAGCCAUGGGAAUCCACUUGUGAAAGCUCCGAUGCUAUGA